CGAGUAGCGUGACCGACCUUGUUCUUGCCCUGUCUACAAGCGAUGUCAGCUCUAACAGACAAGGUUGUGAUCAUCACAGGUGCCAGUUCCGGUAUCGGCGCUAGCACAUGUGUACAUUUGUCUCAAUACAAUCCGAAGUUGGUACUGGCCUCGCGCAAUGUGACAAACUUAACCAAGGUUUCCCAAGAAUGUCAAGCCAAAGGACUCUCAUCGGACAGGAUUUUAGUUAUUCAGUGUGAUGUAGACAAGGAGAAUGACCUCGAAAACCUUGUCGAUAUAACCAUAUCCAAGUUUGGACAAAUCGAUGUACUGGUAAAUAAUGCGGGAAGUAGUGUAUACCGGUCUAUAAUGGAAACAACUUUAGAUAUGUUUGACCAGACUGUGAGGACUAAUUUACGAGCUCCUUUCUACCUCAGUCAGUUAUGCAUACCACACUUGAUUAAAACACAAGGUAACAUCGUCAACAUAUCCAGUAUCUCUUCCACCAAGGCGUUCCCUACAGCUGUCGCCUACUGUAUAGCCAAGGCAGGCCUUGAUCACCUGACGCGGACCCUAGCUGUCGAUCUCGCUCCAAAGAAGGUUCGUGUCAACUCGGUAAAUCCCGGUGUGAUCAUCACGAACUUUCAGAAAAAUGCGGGAAUGGCGGACGACAUAUAUACACAGUACAUCGACCGCCAAAAAUCCCUUCAGCCUCUAGGGGGCGCUGGCGACCCCGAAGAGGUUGCUAAGGCGAUUAGAUUCCUGGCAUCUGAUGAGUCUUCCUUCGUUACCGGUCAACUGAUAUUUGUGGAUGGAGGACGUCACGUGUUUUCUCCGUGUUAGAAACCACUUGAAAUCACAGCUGUCGUAUUGUCAAUGUAAAAUAGAUAACACACGAGUGUUUGCCAUCUUUAAUAAACUGUAACAAAACACUGUAUUGAAAUAAAAUCAUUACAAAAGA